CCCAUCACUCACUAACUCACUCAGUGCGAAUCUCACCUUACGUCCAUCUCUCACACUUCACUUCAGCAUCCUCUUACAUAUUUCAGGAAGUGGUGGCACCUUGGCACAGAACUCUUCUUGCUUCGAGAUUCCCCGAGGCAUGGUUGUCGCUUUCCCAAUUACACAAUGGAGCCCCAAGGAACCAGAGAAGAGCCGUUCCCUGCAAGGAGCAGGCAAGAGGCGGGCACAGUGAACGGUGUCCCAACAGAAGUUACUUCCGUGUCCUUCUCUGACAAGUUCAUGGUGACAAUCUCGCAAGACGGAAAGCUCUCACAAUGGAUCCAAGUACCUCUGCAAGCGUCGUCAGGCGGCAUGGUCGACCUGAGCUUGCCGUCAAGCAGCAGGGGCCUGCUCCCGUCCGUCCACCUCACGCCCAAGACUCUCCUCGGCGGAGGCGGCGACGAGAGGGAGACGCUCGGUCAGCUAUACGCCGCGCAGAUCGCCAGUCUACUCUCUACCAGAGACCCCGAGGACCGUAGGACGCUGGUUCUGGGGUUGGGGCUCAACAAGGUCGACACCGAGCGGGAGGCCUUCUUUGACACGGUUGAGCUGGUUCAGAAAGUGCUGUAAAGCUUGGGUCUAGAAUUUUGACGAUGCAUUCACGCGUACAGGCGGGAAUGUACUCGAAGCAGGGUGCUCAGAUCGGGUAGAAAUAGACCCAGGAGCGGGCCAUUAUAGGUUGAAGACGGCCAUGGGUUGACCAAUGGAAGCGGAACGCAUCGGGAAUCGUUCCUAAAUAGUACCGUGGAAACGAUGAAGUCAAGAGGCCCACGGUCCAAGGCAGGUCCUCCUUCCGGAACCCCCGAGCCAAAGGACGCCAGUCAACCCUCAUCUCCUCGGUGUGAUAAGGUGCAAGGAGUCAGUCAAGGGUAUCACUGCAAGCCGUCCCGUUCACAGCAGCAAACGCUUAGAUGCCACGGCGCAUAUAAACUAAAGGACUAAACCCAGCGAAGCAUUUCUCAUGUGUGGCCAAUCGGUUUGUCUAGUCUGAAUGUCGCUCUGCUGCAUAGCUGGUGGCAGAUCGACGGCGCAAUUCGGCCUUGCGCUCUGUUUCUUUCCCCUCCGGCCAGCGGCAGAAAGUCCCAAAAAUAGACUUCAUAAGCGUUGUUGCGUGUUAAUUCUACCUUC